AUGAAGUGCGCUAGGAUCCCAUCGGUGACUGUGUGGCUUAUAUUGAUAAUUGGAAUUUGCAGCGAACUUUCUCAAACAUCAGCCCAAGAACAAGAGGUUGCGUCAUGUAUCCUAAAAGUACGUGAAACAGAAAAAAGAGUUCGAAAUGAGGUGAUAGAGGAACUGAAGAAAGAAAUGGAGGAGACAUUGAAAGGAAAGAUGCAGAGAAUUGAUCUCCUGGAGACUGAGAUUGCCCUGGAGAGGACACGACAACAGGUGAUUGAACAGAAGGUGGAGCUGUCUUAUAAGGGUCUGAUGAGACUUGAGAAUGCGUUGACGAAAUGUACGGCGCCUACUUCAACAACUCUUGCCCCAACUACAACAACAAAGAAACCAGACUGUCCUGUGGGAUACAAGAAGUUUCUGGACCACUGCUACCUGUUUGAAAUGGCGAAGGCCGACUGGCAGACUGCCCGUGAUAACUGCCUCGCUCAGGACGCGGACCUGGUCUCCAUCAACAACUGGGAUGAACUGGACUUCCUGCUGACUGAAAUAGAAGAACAUUACACGACCCGACGGCGAGACUCCUACUACAUAGGCGUGGUAUAUGACGAUGGGGAGUACAUGUGGGUGGACGGUACGCCUGUGACAUUUCGAUACUGGGCCCAAGGAGAACCAAAUUGUAUGGACACAGUCUGCAAGGCCUAUAUCUCGGAAUACAUGGGAUUUAAGUGGGCUGAUGCGCGAGCAAAUUACAAACUGUUCUAUAUUUGUGAAAGGAAUAUCAACUAGAGACACGCCUAUGUGUAAUCCAGCAUUAAACAUUACUUGAUGCAUG